UAAUUUCUCCCGUUAUAUAAAGGGAUCUACAUUCGCAUUUUCAGUCAUCCAACAUUUUCGUUUUCGGAUCUGUAAAAUUGACAGAAUUGGAAUUCUCCUAUCAUGAAGGGAUUAGCCAUUCUCGUUUUCUGUGCCCUCAUCGCAGUCGGCAUUUCAUACCCGGUGCCGGAUGAAACUACUGACGAGCCUGAUGUAACUGACGCUCCGGAUGCAGGUGACUACGAUGUAACUGAUGGACCAGAUGCAUAUGACGAGGAGGGAGAUGAUGACGGUAGUGAUGGCUCCGAAUCGUCAGAUAGCAGCGACAGUAGCGACUCAAGCGCUGAUGACGACAGCGAUGACAGAUCAGAUGGUGAAAGUGGAGAUGAUGAAAGCGGUGAUUCUGAUGACAGCGAUGGCAGUGAUGGAAGCGAUAGCAGCGAUAGCAGCGACUCCAGCGACUCUAGCGACUCUAGCGAUUCUAGCGAUUCUAGCGACUCCAGCGAUUCCAGCGAUUCUGACUCCUACGAAGAUGACUCUGAAAGCGAUAGCAGCGAGUCUGAUAGCGGAGAUGAUGACAGUGAAUCUGACAGCGAUUCCGAUAGCUAUAGCGAUAGCUACAGCGAUAGCUAUGACGAUGACGACAGUGAAUCAUCCUCAGACAGCGACAGUUACUCCGACAGCGAGAGCGGCUCUGAUAGCGAGUCCGAAAGCGAGAGCGAGUCCGAAAGCGAAUCAAGCAGCAGUGAAAGCGGAGAUGAUGAUGAUGAUGAUAGCGAUAGCAGUGAGAGCGAUAGUUCCAGCAGCAGCAGCAGCAGUGACAGUGAUGAUGACGACAGCGAUAGCAGCAGUGGAAGCGACAGCGAUGAUGACGACAGCGAUGAUGACGACAGCAGUGACAGCGAUAGCGACAGUGACAGCGAUAGCGACAGUGACAGCGACAGCGACAGCUACAGUGAGGAAGAUGAUGACAGCUCUGAUGAUGAUGACAGCUCUGAUGACAGCUACAGUGAUGAGUACAGCGACAGCAGUGACAGCGAUAGCAGUGACAGCAGCGACAGCAGCGAUAAUGACGACAGCGAUGAUGAUGACAGCAGCGAUAGCAGCGAUGAAAACUAAAUCAUUUUAUAAGUUAUCCAUCUCGCCUUGAAUUCCAACUUAAUUAGGAAAGGGAAACCAAGAAAAAGAAAAUUUAAUCUCAGUUUACAAAUGCGCUAAAAUCAACUUCGGACUUUAUUCCUGAUGUUCAAAUAUUUCUUUUGACGCUGCUAUUCAUUAUACAUAUAUAUAUAUAAAGAAUAAAUAGCGGAAUGCUUCCGUUAUUUCAGAGGUGAAAAUGUAUACUAGGAAAACAAAAACAACCAAGAUAAAUCAUUUGGAAAAAUUCUUUCGUUCGCGUUUUGUGUCCAAGCAUUCUGACCAGUAUUAGGCGAUGUCAAUCACAUCUUGAUCCAUUCUGUACUUUUUGGUGAGUUACCCGAGGAGGAAGCUUCUAGGAAAGGGUUUUGUUUGCGUAAGAGGAGUGUGUCUAAAGAUACAAUGUACGAGAUAAUUAUUUAUUUCUUAUUACUUAGAUUGUAAAUAAAAUGCUCAGUUGUUACAAUUAU